UCAUUCGGCAUUCGGAAAAAAACACUCGAAUGAAAAAGAUGGAUUAGUGAGCGCGUUCGAUGUUGAUAUAAACUUAUGCAUUUAAUCAUAGAAUAACAAAUAAUAAGUACAAAAACUAAAGUAUUUCACGGACUCCAUUGUGAUAGUUGGCAUUGAAAUUGUUGACAAAAACGGAACUUAAAGAAAAGAGCGUGUACGUGUCAAAGUGUUUGUUGUGUGUUCCCGUUCAUUUAGUUCAGGAGAAAAUCAAUAUAACUGUGAAAACAGCACUGAAGCUGUUUUCUGUGACGUCGAAUCUCACAUCAAAAGGGAAAUCACUAAGGGAAACUUGAGUUUUUCAACAAAAAGAGAAAAAUUGUCAAGUUUCAAGCACAGAACAGAGGAGUAAUUGAGGGAGAAACAAAGGAUCUGCUCCAGCAAAAACAACAACAAGAACAACAACCAUCCAGCGUAGAUAAGAGGAACAGCCAAAAGAGACCAAAAUGGCAAAUGUUUUAACCAAUCCGAGGUACAUGUUUGGACCGAAUGCUGCACUCGAACUGACAGCGGUGCUCGACCAGGUGGACAACAAUACGAAUGCGACGCAGCUGUUCAAGAACAACAUCUAUAGUAUCAUGAACGAGUAUAAUCGGGAGGAGGCGCGCCUGAAAACCUUCGCCAACUGGCCGCUGGCGUGGCUCGACAAGAAUCAGUUGGCCCGAACGGGCAUGUUCUAUACGAACGAGGACGAUAAGGUCAAGUGCUAUUUCUGCGAGGUGGAGAUCGGGCGCUGGGAUCUCGACGAUCAACCUGUACCUGAGCAUCUGCGCUGGUCGCCCAACUGUCCGCUCCUGCGCCGUCGCACAACCAACAACGUGCCGCUGAACAGCGAGGCCCUCGAACGCAUCCUGCCCCCCAUCAGCUACGACAUAUGCGGCGCCAACGAAUCGACGGUGGAGCUGCGCGAGAGCGCCUAUCCCGAGGGACGCAUACCCAUGUCGCACAUCACCCAGUCCACCGGCAUGAAUACCGUCGCCUCCCCGCUAAUGGGCUCCACUGCCACCUCGACGGCGGCCACCCAGGCCAACGGGGAUGUCCAGCCGGAGACGUGUCGGCACGUUGCCAGCGGCAAUUAUUUUCCCGAGUAUCCCGAAUACGCCGUGGAGUCGGCGCGCCUGCGCACCUUCGAGGAAUGGCCGCGCAACCUGAAACAGAAGCCAAUACAGCUCGCCGAGGCGGGUUUCUUCUAUACGGGCGUCGGCGACCGCGUCCGCUGCUUCAGCUGCGGCGGCGGACUCAAGGACUGGGACGACAACGACGAGCCCUGGGAGCAGCACGCUCUCUGGCUCAGUCAGUGCCGCUUCGUCAAGCUGAUGAAGGGGCAGCUCUACAUCGACGCUGUGGCUGCCAAGCCGGAGCCAGUCGCCGAGAAAGACGAGACGAGCACAAGCACAGCCGAGACGCCAGCUGCAGCUUCCACCACAGCUCCAACGACAGCGACCGUCGAGGCCCCUUCCGGCGAUGUGGCCCCAUCGGCAGCCACUCGCAUCUACGAGAAGAUCGUGUCGGCCGCCGCCAACCAGGAGGGCAGCACUACAGCCAGCCCCAGCACGGCCGGAGGUGCGGCACCGGCGCCCAACGGCUCGCCGGUCAUACCCGAGGAGAAGCUCUGCAAGAUCUGCUAUGCCGCGGAGUACAACACGGCGUUUUUACCCUGCGGCCACGUGGUGGCCUGCGCCAAGUGCGCCUCGUCCGUGACCAAGUGCCCGCUCUGCCGGAAGCCCUUCACCGAUGUGAUGCGUGUAUAUUUUUCUUAAGAAGAGCAAACCCUAACCUAAGGCGCACCUCAAGUAUUAAUCAAAAUUGUAGAAAAAAGUUAAAAUCCGUUGCCAUUGCCACAGAUACAGCUACAAUUUUGAUUAGGACUGCGAGAUGGAAACCCAGAGGACACCCGAAAUGAAACCCCUGAAUGUAAUAAUAGUUAAGAGUGCAGCCCAUAUAUCUACGUAUGCACCCAUGCGCAUAGAGCGUGCGUUAUUUAUAAUAAAACUAACAUAUUAUGA